AUGAAGCCGCUGCUGAUCACGCUCGCCCUGUGCUUGGGCACGUUGGACUUGGGCCGGGCCGAGCUCUCGGUGGCACAGCGUCAGGGCCUGCAGGUGGCCCUGGCCGAGUUCCACCAGCAUCCGCCUGUACAGUGGGCCUUCAGGGAAACCAGCGUGGACAGGGCCACCGAAACGCUAUUCCCAGCAGGGAUCUUUGUGAGGCUGGAAUUUAAGCUCCAGCAGACAAACUGUCGGAAGAAUGACUGGAAGAAGCCCGAGUGCAAAGUCAAGUCCAAUGGGCGGAAGCGGAAAUGCCUGGCCUGCAUCAAACUGGGCUCUGAGGACAGAGUUCUGGGCCGGAUGAUCCACUGCCCCAUCCAGACACAGGCUCCUCAGGAGCCCAAGGAACACCAGGAGGCCCAGUGCUCCCGGGUGGAACGGGCCGGCGAGGACCCCCCCAGAUACUACUUCCCAGGACAGUUCGCCUUCUCCAAGGCCCUGCCCCCUGACUGA